AUGGAUCGAUUCACCCAAUUUCCUACUGUCAACGAUGACGGUGAUGCUGUUCAUAUCAUUCCGUGGCAGAUGAAUGUCCAACUCCCCUCGGAGAUAUUUCCUUUGUCAUGGGCAGUCUUGCUACGCGCAUUUACGACCGAUGACAACCCGGUCUUUUUAUUGAACGGAGCACCAGUCAAGGUAGAUCUAUCUUCUCAAACGCUCCAACCAGCGGACUUGGCCGCUGUAUCAGAUCUCUCAGUCAAGCAUACCGCCGUGGUGUUGGGAGAUCCGCUGUUCAGCGAUGACAGAAAACCACCGGCGUUACGGUGGGCCCUGGACCCCAUAACCCAGUCAGGAGCUUUGUGUGCGACCGGAGGCAUGAACGCAGCUUUCUUAUUUCAACUAGGAAACCAGCUGAAGCAGAUCGUGCAAGCACUGGCUGCUCAGAAAGGCAUCCAGGUAACACUGGGUGCCACCGAGGUGCCUGAUCUAGCGAUUUCAAAUCCCUCACCUUCAACGCUGCCAGGGCCUCAACUUUUGCAUGAAGUUGCAUUACGUGGGCUCCACGAUGCAAAUCAUGCUAUUGAGUUUCUCGCUGCGGAUGGCAAUGUCCGUUGUUUGUCAUAUCGUGACUUGGACCGACUCUCCUCGAAUCUGGCGAGUGAAAUAGCUUGUGCUUCGACUACUCCCAAUGGUGUACAGAAAGUAGUGCCGGUACUUCUACCCCAGUCCGUGGAAUUGUACAUAUCGUGGUUGGCUAUUCUGAAGGCUGGCGCAGCGUUCUGUCCUUUGAACGCCGAUGCACCGACAGACCGCAUCGACUUUAUCUUGCAAGAUGUGGCUGCAUCUGUGGUAGUCACUAAUGACGCUCUUGCAACACGGAUAUCACCGAAAGAGCAUAUCUCUGUCCUUACUGUGAAUGAUCUACAAACAAACACCCAUAGCACAGAUCUAUGCUCAACUGGCAGCACUCCCACUGAUCUCGCUUAUGUCAUGUAUACAUCUGGUUCUACGGGCCGCCCCAAAGGUGUCGGGGUGUCCCAUCUUGCUGCUACCCAAUCACUUCUUGCUCAUGAUGAUCUGAUACCCCAUUUCAAGCGCUUUUUGCAAUUUGCAUCCCCUACUUUUGAUGUUUCCGUAUUCGAAGUCUUUUUCCCGAUGAUGCGAGGGGCAACCCUCAUCGGUUCAGAAAGAGAGCACAUGUUACUUGAUAUCUCCCAUGUGAUGACUACAAUGAGAGUUGAUGCCGCUGAGUUGACCCCAACGGUGGCCGGAGAGUUGCUGUGCACUCGAGCUGCAGCUCCAUCUCUCCGGGUACUUCUCACAAUCGGUGAGAUGCUCACCAGGCAUGUGGUUGACGAGUUCGGCCAAUCCGAGGGCCGCGAUGGCAUUCUCCAUGGGAUGUACGGGCCUACCGAAGCAGCAAUCCACUGCACCGCUGCCACCCACUUCCAAGCUAACAAUCCCGUGAAUAUGAUUGGCAGACCAUUUAAGACAGUUUCUGCAUACAUCAUGUCACUUCCCUCUGAUGAUGACCCGUCCUCCAAAGACCUUGAAAUUCUUUCACUGGGCCAAAUCGGAGAGCUUGUGGUGGGCGGUCCUCAAUUGGCAGACGGAUACAUUAAUCGACCUGAAGAAAAUGCCAAGGCGUUCAUCGAUAGUCCGAUGUAUGGCCGACUUUAUCGCACGGGAGACAAAGCCCGCAUGCUCCCUACCGGAGAGAUUGAGUGUUUUGGGCGGAUUUCCAGUGGUCAAGUGAAGCUACGUGGCCAGCGGAUAGAGCUGGGGGAGAUUGAGCACGUUAUCACCAGGGCCUCUGGUGUUCGCAGUGCUGUAACCAUAGUUAUUGACGGGAACUUGGUUGCAUUUGUACUGAUUGCCGACAAAGAAACGACGGACAGCGGCCUCCGUGACAUUUGUCGUCAACUACUCCCUCGGUUCAUGAUUCCUGGGGAGUUUGUACUCGUCGAUCAAUUUCCUCAGCUUCCCUCGGGGAAGAUCGAUCGCAAGAAACUAGAAGCCGAUUUUGUCCGCCACCGUAGCCUCACUCAGUCCUUUGACGACCAGCCUUGCCGAGACGAGAAAGAAAAAUCUAUCAUUUUAUGCGUUACUGGCGUGCUAGAUCGACAGGUCUUGUCGACAGAGAGCCUGACAGCAGCAGGCCUUGACUCGUUAGCAGCGAUCCGCCUUGCAUCCCAUCUCUUGGAUGCCGGCAUUCGCCUAGGUGUCGCCGAUCUGCUGGAAGCUGACUCAGUGGAUGCGAUCUGGCAGCUUGCGACCAGCCUUGAAACAGAGACCCCAAUUGAGGAUACGCAAACGGCCUUGCAAACUAUUAUCCAGCUUGUUUCAGAUGCAGGCACAGCAAGGCUAGACUCACUGGGUCUGAGGGAGCAGGUUUCGGAGAUCGUCCCAUGUAGCCAUAUCCAACAGGCCAUGCUUUUGGAAACUAUUCGAGACAACAAGGCAUACUGCAAUUGGAUCGAGUUGGAGUUUGAGCCUUCACUUACUUCAACUUCGGUGAAACAUGCAUUUGGUCAAUUGGUGGACCACCACGAGAUCCUGCGCUCUGGAUUUGUGGAAAUUGGACUCAAAGAUCACUUAUAUGGUCGCUUUACCUGGAAUAAACUUGGAGAGCGUAUUGCCGUUCAACAGGAGCUUGACUACAACGUGAGCUUGAAUGAGGGUCAUGAUAUCCUGAACCCUUUCCGAGUCCAGAUUGUGGAAGGGAAGUAUCAUCCCCGUGCGCUUGUGCAUAUACACCAUGGGCUCUACGACGGGUGGUCUUGGCAGCUCAUCUUGAAAGAUCUCUGGAGUAUCUUGUCUAGGGAAGAGCUCGGUUCCAGAAUCCCUUACAAUCUUGUUACGAAUUAUUUCAUUGAACACAAGCAGGACAAAUCUGCCAUAGAGUCCUCCGCCUACUGGCGCGAUCACCUACAAGGCCUGUAUCCUGCAACUUUCCCAAAUUUCCAUGAAGAUAUGGAUAUCUCGCCUGCCACUGAGAAAGCGACUCGCACGCUGGGAUUACCCGUAUCCAAACUCAAUCAAGUCUCCCAGCACCUCCGUGUGAGUCGGCAAACCAUUUUCCAAGCCGCUUUCUGCUAUAUCCUUUCCUCCUAUCUUGGAACUAGUGAUGUUACCUUUGGAACUGUGUUUUCAGGGCGCACUCUGCCCUUGAAAGGCAUUGAGACUGUUCUCGGACCCUGUAUUAGAACCUUGCCUACGCGUAUGGACAUCGACAAAAUGCGAGAUGUGACCGAUCUCAUCUUAGCCAUCCACAACACGAACCGCAAGUCGCUCGAGCAUGGCAAUUUGCCUCUUCAAGAUAUCAAGAAGGCUUCUGGCAUCGACUUAGAGCGCAAUCUCUUUGAUACGGCCCUCGUGUGGCAGGAAAGCAUUUGGUCGGAUGAACAUCAGGGCUCCCUGUUCCGGGAGAUCGGUGCCGGUGAAUUCUUGGAAUUCGCGCUUUUGCUAGAGUUCGAGCCAAGAGAGGAGAGCAUCUUUGCUAGGGCAACUUAUCAGAAGUCGGUGUUGCCAUUUGAACAGGCUACGAUUCUCCUCGAACAAAUUGAUUCUGUGGCUUCAAUCUUGAUUGACAAGGUCGCGCUGCCAAUUGAGGAGAUCCGAUCCCAUCUUUCGGUAUCAACCUUAUCUAUUCAAGAUGCAAUAGCUCGCGAGGAAAUUGAUUUGCCAAACUUGGCAUCUGGUGUCGAGAUGAUUGCCUCUACAGACCCGGAUCGGACAGCUGUUGAAUUGAUGCUUUGGAAGCCGGAAAUCCGUGAGCCUAUUGUGGAAAGCAUGACAUAUGGUCAAUUGAACUCCCGAGCCAAUGGUCUUGCCCACCUUUUGCUCCAUAUUGGAGUGACGAAAGCCGAUCUUGUUGCCAAUGACUUGACAAUGUCUCUUGACUUUUAUGUCGCUGUGCUCGGGGUUGCCAAAGCCGGCGCUGGUCUGCUUUUGCUUCCGCAGGCCUCUCCACGGAUCAUUCGUGAUAUUCUGUACACGGCAAAAUCCAAAUUCUGCAUCGUCGAUUCUAUCACGGAAAACAAUCAUCGCCUGGGCUGUUUGAAAUCGGUUCAACAGAUUCACCUAUCCUACUCGCUGGAUGUCUAUCAUGAGUUCAAUGUUCCCUGUAUCAACGAAAAAUCCGACGUUGCCUACGUUCAGGUGACAGUAAAGGAUAAUGAUGCGACGGACAACAUUGUCAUCUCACGGCAAAAUCUACAGAGCAACAUCAAUGUUCUUUCGAAUAUGUACCCAACGCUGGUUGGAGCGAAACUUUUAUCAUAUCCCCAACGAACAGGUGCAUCAAUAUGCGAAGCAUUCUUCGCUUGGCACAGAGGCAUGGCACUGUGCUCAGCUACAGAGGUAAUCAUGACGACCCGCAUAGAGCAAGUUUGUCAAGAUAUGGGCAUAACACAUCUUCACUUGCCCUCCAUGCUGGCGUCUCGUAUUGAUCCACACACUGUUCCAAGCGUGGAAUAUCUGCUCUCUCAGGGUGGAGAAAUUAAUCAUAAGCUCCAUUGCAACUGGGCUGGCAGAGGUCUCUACCAAACGUACAGCAACAAUGCUUUGACGUAUGCUUGUACUCUCUGCCCCAAUGUCCAAGCAUCGACCCAUGUUCAAAACAUUGGUAGGCCUCUUAAGAACACAUCUGCGAUGAUUAUAGCAGAGGGAGAUUCAUUCAGUCUUCUUCCAAAAGGUGCUGUGGGAGAGCUAUGCUUUGGCGGGGAUCAAGUUGGACGCUGUCUCUCCGGCUCAGAGUCUUCAUCGACUGGACAAUUCAUUGAUCAUCCUGAUCACGGCCUGAUCUAUAAAACAGGCGAGCUUGGCCGGAUGCUUCCUGACGGAACACUCAUUCUUUACCGGAAUUUUGGGCAAGCGUAUGCUCGUUUUGUUGACAUGGAUGAGAUUGAUCGUGCUCUUGCGUCUUCUAGACUGGUUCAAGAAUCCGUGAGCAUUAUCUUGGAUGAGCAUCAAAUCGCGGUAUUUUGGGUUCCCUCGGCAGAACAACCAGAUUCUGGACAAAUCGAGGAAUCUACGAAUGACCUUCUCAACGAGCUCAACAAAAUUCUCCCUCCCUCUGGCCUUCCGUCGCUUCUUGUCCUCGUGGAUAAGAUAGACCUCACCGUAUCUUGCAAAAUCGACCAAUCUAUGCUCCGACAGCGGCUGGAACGAUUGAGUCCAAAGGAGCUCGCGGUAUUUUCGCCGAAAAUGAACGCGAAUGAUACUGAUGAUUCUUUCACCGAGCUUGAAAAGAUCAUUUCUGUCGCGCUAUCGACGGUAACUGGUACCGACCGAAGCAACAUCCACAAGCACACAUCUUUCUAUAGACUGGGUCUAGACUCCCUUUCUGCGAUCGCAUUCUCGCGAAAGCUGCAAGAUUCAGGGUGCGGAAGACUGGCUGUGUCAACAAUCCUGCGCCAUAGCUCUGUUUCUCAGCUUGCAGCUGUCAUUGUUGCCACGAAUGGGUCACACGCCGAACAGGCCGAGGUGCCUGGCCCCGCAAAAAUGUUCGAUGAAACUUUCAUUCACCAAGUAGAAGAUGAAUUCAAAGCUGCAGACGCAACUGUUCAAAGUAUUUACCCUUGCACUCCAUUGCAGGAAGCCAUGCUCGCAGCUGAGUCUUCAAGUCAUUCAGCUUACUUCAACCAUCUCUUGCUUCUUGUACGGACUGAUCCCGAGCUCAUGAGAGCGGCAUGGGGUAUGAUGAUACAAAGACAUGACAUCCUGAGAACGUGUUUCACGCAUACUAGUCAUAAGCAGUUUGCAUACGCUCAAGUCGUGCUGAAGACCUCGGUUUUACCGUGGUCUUGUGUUGAAACUUCCUCACCAGAGCUUGAAAAUACCAUCAAUGAGUGCAAGUCUCAAUUUGAGGGUCUUCCUCCUGUGAACGCCCAAUUGCCCUAUUCGUUGACUUUGAUUAUCGAUUCUAGCAGACAAAAGACACAUCUCCUGCUGUCCAUUCAUCAUGCACUCUAUGACGGAGAAGCGAUAGCCCAGUUGUUAUAUGAGGUCCAGUUAGUUCUUUCAGGCAAAGAACUACCUCCAAGCACACCAUUCCAAAGCUUCAUCAAUUAUAUGACUUCUGUCAGUAAUAAUUCGUCAGAUGACUAUUGGGACCAGUACUUGUCAAGAGUUUCACCGACCCUCCUGCCCACUCCCAAUUCUACAGCAAAUUCAGAUGAGUCGGCAUCGCUACAGAUUCAUACAUCACUGAACGGAUCCUUUACAUCUUUCAAACAACAAUGCAAGGAUCUCUCUAUGACACCUCUAAAUAUCUUGCACGCUGCAUGGGCCAGGCUUCUCUUUCUAUAUACCGAUUCAUCCGAUAUCUGCUUCGGUAAUGUGUUCAGCUGUCGAACUAUUCCUCUAGAAGGAGUAGGUGAGAUAGUUGGGCCUUGUUUCAACACACUCCCAAUCCGAAUCAAAUCCUCACCAACCGCAACAAACCGUGACAUUAUGAAUUUGUCCCAGAAGAGCAAUAACGGCAUUUUACCCCACCAGCUCAGUCGUCUCCGACGCAUCCAGCGACGUGUUUUUGGCGACGGCUCUCGCCUUUUCGAUACUCUAUUCAUCUUCCAAAACAAAAAUACUGAUCUCGACUGCAAUAUCUGGGAACUUCUUCAGGACGAAGGUAACAUGGGAUUCCCCUUGAUUUGUGAGAUUGUACCCGACGAAUCUACCGACAGUGUCCAAAUAUUCCUUCACUUUCAAGCGCUGUAUAUCCCCCAAGCCGUGGCAGAGAAUGUUGUGCGGGACUUUGUGGCCCUCGUUGAGCAUACAACUCAAUAUCCAUCGGCUCAGGCAUCCGACAAGCGAGUAUUGGGUGCAGAGAUCCCUCGAGUCUUUGAGCCAAAGAUAUCAAAGGCAAGCAACCCAGUUAGGUUCCUGACGAAAUCUCGUCAGCAGCGCCCAUGGUCACAUCAGGAGGAGGUUGUUCGUGAUAUCAUUUGCAACCUUUCUGAUGUUGAGGUGGAUAAUGUGUACCACGAGACGACAAUAUUCCAGCUUGGCUUGGAUAGUAUCAAUGCUGUUCAGCUCUCAGCCAAGCUACGUGGGUUGGGGUAUAAGAUCUCAUCUGGUGACAUUCUUGAGGCUGCUUCUAUCGAUCAAAUUGCUUCUCUUCUCACUUCCAGCGCGAAGAUUGGCGAGGAAGAUGUGUUUGACUUCGCACUUUUCCAAAACCAGCAUUUAAGAUCUGUUUGCACGCGACUUCAGAUUUCUGGACAAGAAGUGCAAGCUCUCCGUCCCUGUACGCCAGUGCAAAACGGUAUGUUGGCGAUGUUCAUGCAUUCUGAUGGUGAAGUUUACUUCAACCGAAUGACCUUCAGAUUUUCGGUACCGUUGGACAAGGAGAGGUUGAAGAACGCGUGGUCUCGCGUCAUGUCUCAGCAUGAGAUGCUUCGAACGGGCUUUGCUCAAUUGGAUGACCAACAACAUCCUUUUGCAAUGAUAACCUAUAAUGAAAGCAGCGAAAUUCCAUGGUGGGAGCCCUCGAUUUCCCCAGCAGACACUUCGAACGUUCAAGCAAAGCAUGUCUUGAAGAACCUCCAUCAACCCCCUUGGAGAAUUGAAGUCGAGGAAGCCAAAAGCACCAGUGUUAUCCAUUUCUCUGCAUUGCAUGCCAUUUAUGAUGCUCAGUCUCUGGCUUCCAUAUUCGCAGACGUCAAAGCAGCAUAUGAAGGAAAGACCUUGGCUACACCCGCACCAGUCAUCGCAACACUUGGACCGAUUCUCCUUGAGAGCAAAACCCAGAGCGAGUCCGCACACAACUUCUGGAAAGAACUUGCCCCAGAAGUGCAGCCCUCAAGGUUCCCUGACUUGCAUCCCAUUCGGUCCCACAGGCGAGAACUGCUCACCACCUCCAUCCGUUGCGCACGGCCUCGGAAGUUUCUUGAGGAUUCUUGUCGAGAGAUUGGUGUGACAUUACAGGCAGCAGGACAAGCCGCAUGGGCUCGCUUGCUCUCUGCAUACACGGGUGAGUCCAAUAUCACUUUUGGAACAGUGCUCUCGGGUAGGAAUCUAUCGACUGCUGCUCAAAAUGCAGUAUUCCCAUGUUUGAUCACAGUGCCCACUCCUCUAAAUAUCGAGGGGUCUAACCAGGAACUUUUGGACCGUACCUUGAAGCGGAAUGCUUUGUUGGUGAAAAAUCAGUUUGCACCAUUGUCGCAUAUUCAGCGUUGGGUGGGCAGCGACGAGCCCCUCUUCGAUACGCUAUUUGUUUAUCAGAAGUUCACUUCAGAUGCUAUUAGUAGCGAUGGAUGGGAUAUUAUCGACGAGCAGACGAAGAUUGAUUACCCUGUUUCCAUCGAGUUGAUUCCGCACUUGACAGAUCUUGAGAUUUCGCUGAGCUACCGGAGUGAUCUUGUCCCCACGGAGCAAGCAACGAUCCUGUUGAGCCAGUAUGACAAGAUUUUGCAAGAUACUGUACUCCGACCAAAUUCAUCUUCCACCGAUCACAAGACUUUGGGAGGUCUGCUUUCUGUUACUCCCGCCAAAGAGGCAUCGAUCCCCGCCACCGUGACCUUGCUGCACCAAUUCGUCGAAGAAAAUGCCUUGAAGAUUCCCGAGAGGAUCGCGUUCGAGUUUGCUUCUGGUGACACUACGGGUGGUCUCCAGAAGACAGUCUGGACUUAUCGAGAGUUCAACGAACGUGGUAAUCAAUUUGCGCAUUUCCUGCAGACCAAAGGGGCUGUUCCUGGUGGAAUCAUUGGCAUAUGCUUUGACAAGUGCCCCGAAGCAUCCAUGGCGAUUUUGGGCAUCAUGAAAGCCGGGUGUGCAUAUUUGGCCAUUGACCCCGGUGCACCCAUCUCUCGCAAGCAAUUCAUGUUGGAUGACUCCAAUACCAAGGUUCUGCUUUGCAACUUAUCGAAAAAGAAGGAACUAGAAAAUCUUUCUGGCAUUGAUGUCGAAGCUCUUGAUGAGCCCGGACUACUUGGUGAAAUGUCAAAAAGUGAUGUCUCACUUGCCCGUUCAAUCCAGCCAGAUGAUACUUGCUAUUGUCUGUACACGUCCGGCACAACCGGAACACCGAAGGGCUGUGAGAUUACACACGGCAAUGCCAUACAAGCGAUGCUGGCAUUUCAACGGCUAUUCUCAGGACACUGGGAUGAAGACUCUCGGUGGUUGCAAUUUGCCUCCUUCCAUUUCGAUGUCAGUGUUUUGGAGCAGUACUGGAGCUGGAGCGUUGGAAUUUGCGUCACGUCUUGCCCCCGUGAUCUGCUAUUUGAAGACUUGCCUGGCACAAUUCAAAAGCUUCAAAUUACGCAUAUUGAUUUAACACCCAGUCUGGCAAGAUUGGUUCAUCCAGACGAGGUUCCGUCCCUUUGUCGGGGAGUCUUUAUCACCGGCGGAGAAGCGUUGAAACAAGAGAUUCUCGAUGCGUGGGGUAAGCACGGUGUUAUCUAUAAUGGUUACGGGCCUACAGAGGUCACUAUUGGCUGCACCAUGCUGCCACGGAUGUCUGCCAACGACAAAGCCUCGAACAUCGGGCCCCAGUUUGACAAUGUGGGGUCAUAUGUCUUCAGCCCUGGCACAAUAGCACCAGUCCUACGCGGUGGCAUCGGUGAACUCUGUGUAUCAGGGCCCCUCGUCGGAAAAGGCUAUUUGAAUCGACCAGAGCUUACCAAGGAGCGAUUCCAGGACCUGCCUGAAUUCAAUGAUCGCAUCUAUCGCACAGGCGAUCUUGUCAGGAUCCUACACGAUGGGAGUUUCCAGUUCGUUGGUCGCAUCGAUGAUCAAAUCAAGCUCCGAGGGCAACGACUCGAGAUUGGAGAAAUUAAUGAAGUCAUCAAGCAAGCUACGCUCGAACUGAACGAAGUAGCCACCUUGGUAGUCACACAUCCCAAACAAUCCAAGGAGCAACUUGUUUCUUUUUUCACGACUAUCACAACAGAGAAGAAGUCUCGCGCCAUCAAUGUCGAAGUCCGUUCCUCGGAAAAUGAUAUUUUCCUACUAUCAAAGAUCAAAGAUGCUUGUCGCACUCAUUUGCCAGGGUAUAUGGUGCCCACACAUAUCAUCCCGAUGACGCGGUUCCCACUCUCUGCCAACAACAAGGCUGAUAUGAAGGCUUUAAAGAACAUAUAUCAGGAGCUGUCUCUGGAGGACAUUCAGAAAUUGAGCUCGAAGACUAUUAACGAGUCUGCUAACAGUGCCCAGGAGCACAAGAUCAUCUCUGUCCUGGCGAGAUUUGUUGGUUCAACAGAGAAGAUCUCAUCAUGGUCUAGUAUCUUCGAGCUUGGUCUAGACUCCAUUUCUGUCAUCGCUUUCUCGAGAAAUCUUCGGGAGGCUGGAUUUUCUCAGGCUCAGCCAUCAAUCAUCAUGAAGUAUCCCACGAUCUCCGGGAUGGCAUCUGCUCUACAAGUGUCUAAUUCAUCUUCUGUGUCUCUGGAAAUCAUUCAACGAAAUGCCAAGCAAGACAUCGAUGCUUUUGCCCAUAAGAAUUUCCACGCUAUCGCUGAACACAUUGGAGUCAUUGAUGGUGGCAUUGAAAAGAUUGCACCCUGCACUCCACUCCAGGAAGGUAUCAUAUACCACUACUUAUCAAGCAGCACGCCAUUGUAUUGCUCGUCCUUCACUUUUGAGUUGGACUCUGCAGUCAAUCCCGAAAUCUUGCGCACAGCUUGGAACCAGGUCCAAGCAGAUGUCCAAAUACUACGCGCCAAGUUUUUGCCAUCUCCAGACGGCUAUGCCCAAGCAAUCUUAAAAGAGGAUACGCUUCCAUGGUUUUUUGAUACAGUGAAGACCAAAAAUGAUAUUGAUGACUUGCGCAAACAGCGGCACAAUGAGUGGACCAUCCGGCUCGAUAACCUUUCGUCCAACCUAUGGGAAAUCGGAGUUAUAUCUUCCCCUGAGGCAUCAGUGAUGUGCCUCAAUAUGUUCCAUGCUCUCUACGAUGGAAACAGCCUGAUCCUGCUCCUUGAAUCGGUUGCGCGAAACUAUCUCAACCGCAGCAAGAGUCCCCAGUCAAUCCCCAAGUUCCUUGACAUAUUACACUUAGGGCCUCUUUGUAAGGACCCUGCUGCUGAAACUUUCUGGAAAGAGCACCUUGCUGGCUGUCACGAUCAAGCGUUCACUGAGAUCGGCCAACUAGACAGUGCGCCAAUCUUGCACAAGGCUCAACUGAAUGCGACAGAGCAGGUCGACCAUCUCCGACGAUCUCUCAAUGUCACCGAGCAAGCCGUUCUCCAUGCCUGCUGGUUGCUCACUCUCCAGGAGCAGUACUCGUUUGUGCCACCCCUUGGUAUCAUUGUUUCGGGUAGAACGAUCGAUGUACCAGGCAUUGGGGAUGUCAUUGGUCCUCUGUUCAAUACCAUCCCCAGCAACGUUCAACUAAAUGGCUUGAAGUCUUGGGCUGAUGUCGCUCGCCGCUGCCAUGACUACCACGUGUCCAUGAUUCCCUUCCAGUAUACUGCCCUACGAGACAUUGUGAAAUGGCUCGGGAAGAGUCCCGAUGAGCGGCUCUUCAACUCUUUAUUCGUCUUCCAGAGGGAAGACGAUACUGAUGAAUCUUUGACAAAGAAUCUUUGGCAUACAAUUGAUUCAGAGGCUCAGAAUGAGUAUCCUCUGGCCUUUGAGAUUGUGCGCAAUGGCAGGCGAUCCCUGACACUUACGCUCGCUGCAAAGAGUCAUGCGGUAUGCUCUGAACAGGCUCGGCAAAUGCUAUCCAAGUUUGAGCAAGUCCUUUCUGAAUUUGCACAAGACCCGAACAGAGAAUUAUCCAAGACCAAUGGUUUGUCUCAAACACAAGUUGUGACGAAUGGCAAAGUGACCAGCCAUCAUGAACCUCUCAAAGCUUUGGAACAUACCAAUGACUCUCUGUUUGAAUGGACCCCGCAGGCUUGCACAAUCCGCGAGGUAAUCGAAACCCUUGCGGGAGUAGAUCCACAAUCAAUCAACGAACAUACCUCAAUCUUUGAAGUUGGACUUGAUAGCAUUGAUGCAAUCAAAAUCUCCUCUAGGUUAAGCAAGGCUGGCAUCAAGCUUCCUGUGAGUUCCAUCAUGCGCCAUCGUACAGUGAAGGCAAUGAACGAGCAACUCUCAAUGGGAAACAAACAUAGCCCUCAAGAGCCACUGUCACGGCUCAACCAGCUGGAAAAUUCUUUGGCCAAGUUCCUCGGGGAUGAAGGUCUUCUGCCUCCGGGCAUGACUCGAGUCCUACCAGCUACACCUAUCCAAGAAGCCAUGGUAGCGGAAAUGACUGCCUCUGGGUACAAGCAUUACUACAACCACGAAAUUCUUGAGCUUGGGCCAGACGUGGAUAUUGAGCAGAUGGAGCGGGCGUGGAGGGCUGUCAUUAGAGCCCACCCCAUUCUUCGUACUUCAUUUGCUCAAAUAUGGGAUCCGCAGAUUCCUGUUUCCUAUGCCCAGAUCAUCCAUGACGAGAAUGACCCCAUCGAUCUUCAGAUUGUCUAUCUUCAUGGAGUCUCGGUGCAAUCCGUCAUAGAGACCCAGUGUUCAAAAGCCCGCAGUGAGGUGGCAAGCUCUCCUUUGCUAUCUAUUCAUAUUACGGUGGAUGGAGCUAAACGAUAUCUCAUUUUGUCAAUCGCACAUGCCCUAUAUGAUGGCUGGUCAAUCAACCUGCUCCAUGAAGAUGUCGCCAAGUCCUACGCUGGUGCAGACUGUACUCGUCCAUCGGCAGAUGACAUCCUAGAGCAGAUCAUCGCAUCAUCUGGCGAUGAAGCUCUCAGGUUCUGGCGAGCAAUGCUAUCCAACUUCAAUCCGGUGUCAUUUCCGCCCAUGAAGCACGCUGCAAAUGGCUCGACGGUCGUCCAUCGAGCAGAACAACCCUUAUCCGUUCCAUUGUCUAAGGCAGAGACGUUCUGUAAACGCCAUAGUAUAACGCUCCAAGCGCUUCUUGUGAGCUCCUGGUCUCUUGUUCUCGCCACGCAUGUCAAGAAGCUAGAUGUAGCAUUUGGACUUGUCCUUUCUGGUCGGAGCGUGGCUGGCUCAGAGCAUGUCAUGUUUCCAACCAUGAACACGGUUGCUAUGCGGGUUAUCCUUCAUGGUACGCGUGCGGAUUUGGUGAAAUAUGUGCAGGAAGCUCUCCUGGCGAUGUCGGAACACCAACAUUUCCCCCUUCGGCGUGCCAGACCAGAUACAGGGUCGCACUCGUUGUUUGAUACUCUCUUCAUGUAUCACAAGAGACCAGUUGAAAAUGUCAAGGUUGGGUCUGGACAAGUUCUCUAUAGAUCUACCGGUGGAACAGCCGAUGUUGAGUAUCCUGUUUGCGUUGAAGUCGAAGGUGUCGGGGAGGAUCUCGUUGGCCGGGUCGCGUGUCGGGGAAACGUUGCUGGAAAUCAAGAUACUUUUGCGCUCUUAGGGGAGAUGGGGGAUAUCCUUUCGUCCAUCAUUGACGGCCCAUUUGAACAAAGCGCUCAGUUCACCAACGAAGGCGUGAAGAUUUGUGGAAGCCCGGCGUUCCAAGAUGACUCUGGGCCAGUGAAAGAAAUCGAUGCAGUGCCCAAAGCACUCAAUCAAGCGGAGUGGUCCCCUAUCGAGUCAAAAAUCCGGAGUGUUCUUUCAAUCGCAUCUGGAGUCCCGGAGAAUUCCAUUGACAAGAACUCCACGAUCUUCGAGCUUGGUCUAGACAGCAUCAGCGCCAUCAAGGUGGCUGCGCUCUUGAAGAAACAGUCUGUGAAGCUUGCGGUUAGUGACAUGCUCCGGGCUGGUACCAUUGAGAACAUGGCCAGAGCAGUCGACAACAACCAAACAGAGCUAUCCUUCACAAAUAUUUUGAGUAUCCUCCAUGAAGCACUUGACAGCAUCGAUGUGAUGGGACUACUAGAGUUGCACCGUGUGGAUUUGAGACGAGUACAGAAGGUGUUUCCCACAACUGCAGGGCAGUCCUACUUCCUCUCGAUGCACAUCUUGAAUCCGGAGGUGUUUUAUCCAGAGUUUUAUUACGUGGCAUCACAACAAUUGAGCCCGGAGAUGCUUGAUCGGGCAUGGGCUCGGGUUAUAGACCAAACUCCGAUGCUUCGAACGGCGUUCGUGCCCACGAUCGACUCGCGGCUUUUACCCUACAUCCAAAUUGAGUUUGAAACCGUGCAGAUUCCUGUUAUCUGGCAUUCCAAGUUUGAUCGACAUUUAGUUUCAAAAAGUCUCACAAAGGAAUUUGGGGCAGUCCCACUCGCGCUGCAUGCCUGUCAGACAAAUCAGGGAACGGCGCUUCUUCUGCAAAUCCACCAUGCAUUGUAUGACGCCGUUAGUCUGCCUCAUAUCCUAGACAGACUUGUUACACAAUGUUGCCAAGAGGAGAUUACGAAGCCGAAUCCCGAACUUGGUCUCUCGCAGCUCGUGGCAUUUCAGCAUGUCCAUUCGCCCGUAGAUAUCCGGCGGCAAUUCUGGCAAAAGUAUCUGGGCCAAAUCUCAACAGCGGUAAACGGAGCAGAUGGUUUCAGCCCGGUACAACGUUACUAUCGACCGGGCCUGAUGCUCAAGAUGGCCAACGUCGAAAAGAUUGCUAAGCGCCAGGGUCUUAGCGUUCAAACCAUCUUCUUAGCAGUCUAUGCUCGAGUGCAUUUGCAGAACUUCGGUGCAGCUGAAACCGCAGAGCACGCAGGGUCCCACGGGCGGUUAAUUGUUGGACUCUAUCUUGCCAAUCGAUCCCAUCCCAUCGAUGGGCUAGCCGAAUCUGUGAUUCCUACCGUCAAUAUCGUGCCACUACGACUGGAUGACAAACUAAGCGAUUCCAUCGACUCCCUCCUUGACGCUGCGCGCAGGAUUCAAACUGAGAUCAAUGAAAUCAGCCGACCCGAAUACUCUGGUGUUUCCCUCAUGGAAAUUACAGAGUGGACCGGCGUCCGGAUUGACACCUGCGUCAAUUUCCUGCGACUACCUGUGCAAGAAAUGGACAUACCUACCGACGGGAACCAGACAAAGUUUACUCUCGCGGCGAUCCCACGCGAGGAGUUUGAAAGCCUUAGCGGGGCCGCUCCAAUUUCCGAGCAGGACCAAGGCCAGAUUAAUGGCAAUGGUUUAACGCCACCGGGGCCAGCCGAGAAGAACCCGCACCCAGAGUAUCCAAGCGCUUCAACGGCAGCGAUUCAACCCAUCUUCCAGCCUACGAUCGACGUGGAAGCGGCAAUCCGCGAUGGUGGGUUAGACUUUGGACUUUUCGCCCCGGAAUCCCGGCUCGACCGAGAUACAGCGGAGACAGUGAUCGGCGCGAUGCGACAAGAAAUGUCUGCAUUGGUGACAGGCUUCGAAUUGAUGUAG